AUGCUGGGUAGUCUCCGGCCCAAGCCACAAUCCAUAUUGGGAGUUUCCCCGGCUCAAACACAGCAAGUUCGAUUCAUUUCACGAAGAAGAAUUGCAUAUCCAUUUUACCCAUUCAAGAGACUGGGCAAACAGAAUCCAAAGAAACAUGACAGUAACCUAAAACACGCAAUGCGUCAGUUUUUGGGUCCUCGUAACUUCAAGGGUGACUACGUGACGAAUCGGUACUUCGAGGUUUCGCAAAACCACGAACCCAGGUAUAUAACGCCGGAUCUCGAAAGAGGUCAGUCGUUGCAAGAUCCAGUCACAGGGGAGCCUCUCACGCUGCAAGCUGACGGAUCAGUGAGCCCUUCUACAUCGCAGCGGUUUCAAAGAGGUUCUGCAGCUUCUCGUGACCGGAAACUGCAGCCUUUCCCGGGCAACAAACACUGUUUUACCAACCGGGUUCUCAGCGAAGAACUCAAAUUGCAAAUUUGCGAUGACAUCCAAAACAAACAGCUUUCGACGCAGGACGUGUCACAGCGCUACGGACUCAAAAUCCCUCGCGUUGAAGCCGCUGUGAAACUCAUGGAUAUCGAACAAAAGUGGGAAAAAAACAAUCGCAUAGCACCAGAUCUUAAAAACAUGGCUUCCACCCUGUACAAGAUGUUCCCUUUGUUCGAGCCUCGAAUUGAAGCAUCCAGAGAAAACUUGUCAGAAAUUCCAGUUCCAGCAAAAGCACUGCGGUCGCGUUUCGUGACCAUUGCGGAAUCGGAGCCCUUUGGGCCCGUGGACGCUGCCAAAGUACUGGAAUUAGAACCUGCCGCAGAGACUUUGGAAAAAUUGGCAACUCUUGGAGAGCAUUCUGCUGACCAUAAUACAUCUGCAUCCUCACAUAGCAAGAAAAAAGUCAUUUACGGUCAAUUGAACCAAGGAGAAAGGUGUUUGUUCAAAUUUGAAUCCGCUCACGUUGGCGAAGUCGGUUGGCGUUACGGUGCUGGUAAUCGCGACUCGAAAAAAGACCGCAGAAUCGGCUUCGACAAGCUCGGGAAAAUGGUUUAUUUGUGA